AUGUUUUUAGAAAAUAUUCAAAGAACUUUUGAAAAUUUUGAUGAUAAAAAAACUCUAUCAAAUAAAUUCAAUUGUCCAAUAUGUUUUCAAUAUUAUACAGAGAAAGAAUUUGAUACUCAUGUAAACAAUUGUUUUAAAGUUACUCAAGAAUCUAACCCAAGCUUCUAUGACGAUAUUGAUAAGAACAUGACUAUCUCAUCAAAAAGAACUUAUAUAGAAGAAAAUAAUCUAAAUAAAAUAAGCAAAAUAAAUACUAUUUCUACGAAUACAUUAAAAAAAUAUGACACAAAAAGAUCUAUAACAAAAGUAUUUAAAAAUCAAAAAUUACAUCUUAAAAAAAGAACGUUAAAUAAAAUUUGUCAAUUUUAUAAAAUUAUGCCACAUACAGGAUUUUCUGUAGAUGCUUUUGAAUUUGGAAAAAUCGAAGGAUGCAUAGGUUAUUUUUUGUCUCAUUUUCAUUCAGAUCACUAUAAAGGUCUUACAAGACACUGGAAUAAUGGGUUAAUUUACUGUUCUGAAAUUACUGGAAAUCUUGUAAUUAGUCAGUUAAAAGUAAAACCUGAAUAUGUUGUAAAAUUGCCAAUGGAUAGAAAAAUAUUAUUAAAUAACAUAUGGGUUACAUUGGUUGAUGCUAACCAUUGUCCAGGAUCAGUUUUAUUUAUCUUUGAAUUUGAAAAAUCUGGAAAAAGUAUGCGAUAUUUACAUUGUGGAGAUUUUCGAGCAUGUCCAUCACAAAUUUCUCAUUCUGCUAUUAAAAACAAGCAUUUUGAUUUUUUAUACCUUGAUACAACAUAUUUUAAUCCAAAAUAUUUAUUUCCAUCUCAGGAAACUGUUAUAAAUGCGGCAAUUGAAAUAUGUAAAAUUUUGAAUAAUAAUUUCAUUAAUAACGAUUUUCCCGAAAAAAGGAAAUCUCUAAAUCUUGAUAAUUUUUUGGUUUCAACUAACAUAACACAUAAAAAUCAGCAUAGAUUAUUGAUAUUAAUUAAUACUUAUAUCAUUGGAAAAGAAAAAUUAGCACUCGGAAUUGCUAAUUCUUUAAAAUCAAAAAUAUAUGCAAAUCAAUAUAAGCAAAAAAUAAUUUCAUGUCUUGAAAAUGAAAAGUUAUCAUCGCUACUUACUAGUGAUCCUAGUGAAGCUUCUGUUCAUCUUGUUAAUUUUAAAAAUAUGUCAGUUGAGACACUUAAUCGAUAUCUUAUAGAACAGAAACCACAUUUCUCUAAAAUAGUAGGAUUCAACGCAACAGGAAGAACUUCUGUUUUUUUAAAAUCCCGAUUUAUAGAUUUUUCUAAUAUUCACUCUACGAUAAAAGAUUGGAAAAUAUCUUAUAAUUAUACUAUGAUAAAAUCUAAUAAAGACAGUACAAAUACAUCGAUAUGUUAUUCAAUUCCAUAUUCUGAACAUUCGUCGUUCAAAGAACUUAUAUGUUUUUGCCUUUCUAUUGACGUUGAUAAAAUUUUUCCAACAGUUAACAUUCAUACACAAAAAAGCAGGGAUUCUAUGGAAAAAUGGAUCAAUUUAUUAGAGAAUGAAAAAAAAAAAAAUGGUUUACUUUCUUUACCUUCUGACCAAAUAUGGUAGAAAAGAUCAUUUGAAUUAUUAAUUAUUGUCUAUUAGAUUUUUUAUCAUAUUUUAUUUUCAUAUUCUAACA